AUGACCGCAACGUCGUCGGUCUCCCUGGACACCACAUUGGAUCCUUUACCUCCAGUUCUGCGGCAUGGGCUGGUAGCGGUAGCAUUCUUUGGACUCCUUUCACUCAUCUCCAGUGUCGCUCUCUUCACCUUCUUGACGUAUCGGCUCUGUGUGUGGUAUCACAGAGGCCAACUCAAAGAUGGCGCCAACCAGUUCUUACUCCUCAUCUACAAUCUGGUGCUGGCAGACGUCCAGCAAGCGAUGGCUUUCGCGCUGACGUCGGUAUACCUCACCCAGAAUAAGAUCCAAGUAGGGACCACGACAUGCUGGGCGAAUGGGUGGUUCGUUUCGACCGGUGACCUUGCUUCGGGGGUCUUCAUCUUCGCCAUCGCAUUACACACAUACUACGCCGUGGUAACAGGCAGGCGGGUAGGAAACAGGGUUUUCUAUGGCGGCAUUGUGUGCCUCUGGGUGUUUGUUUAUUUAAUGGCGGUCAUUGGUGUUGGUAUAAAUUCCAAAAUAUACGUUCGAGCAGGAGCCUGGUGCUGGAUGGACAAAAGAUACGACAAAGAACGCCUGUGGCUUCAUUACUUCUGGAUCUUCAUCUGCAUGUUUGGGACAGUUGUCACCUAUAUCCUCAUUUUCGCUUUCAUCCAAACCAAGUCACGAAAUCCUUCGAAUCCGAAUUUUCCAAACGACGAUGGUACCGACCCUGCCGCCACAAAACGCGCAGCGAAGUACAUGAUCAUCUACCCUGUGGUGUAUGUCUUUUGCACAUUACCACUCGCAGGGGGUCGAAUGGCCGCAAUGACAGGGGUUUCAGUACCAUAUUGGUGGUUCUGCUUGGCCGGCGCAGCCAUCACAUCUUGCGGAUGGCUAGACGUUCUAUUGUACGCAGUAACUAGACAUGUUUUGAUCUUUGGCCGAGCUCCUCCGCCCCCCCAAGACUUAGGUCUGGAUACCUUUGGCUGGAAAGACGUCGGUGACAAUUUCUGGGGAUUGAGGACUACCAUUAGUGGCCCUCUAGGAGAUCCCAAUGCUCGAAGGCGUGACAAGCGCGAUUUCCUGGGGCGACGUACGCCACGUCCGCUCCACUCGCGACAGUCGGAUGAAUACCAUUUUGCAAGCCAGCCCGAGGGGAUCAUCACGGCUAAGACCACGAUCGAGUUCAGGACAGGCCCGAUCACCAACUACGCCGACUCGGAUAUCAGUGCGAUUGAGAUGGAAGACAAAUCAGAUCGAACGCAUUCUCACUCUCACCAUGAGUGA